AUGACAACAACAUCACAGAAGCACACCUUGUUUGUAGCAGAACCAAUGGGCGACAAGCCCGUCACAGAGUUAGCUGGUAUAGGAGAGGUGUUGGGCAAGCGGUUGGAGAACAGAGGAUUUGACAAAGCUUAUGUGGUCUUGGGUCAGUUCCUGGUACUUAAGAAGAACAGGGAGCUGUUUUUGGAGUGGCUUUCAGACAUGGUAGCUGCUAACUCCAAUCAGGCAUCUGAGUGUUACCAGUGUCUGGCUGAUUGGUGCAGUGAGUUCCUGUAGACUUAUUGUCUUAGCUAAGGUGAAGUCCAGCCAUCAUUACAUUGCUUAAAGAGAUAUCUUCUUUAGUCAUGGCACUCAGAAACCAUUCAGCAGUGACUGUUGACUCUACAGACUCUGACCAAGAUCCUCUAUUGUUAGAACACAGUCCUGCUUCCCACUCACCUACCAACACACAGUCAUCUUUAAGGAGAGUCAUUUUGGUUCGUGGUGUGCCUCAGCGAAUCCUCUUGUCCCUGGUGCCACCACUAGUUUAUCCAGAGUACCAGCAAGUGUACUCUGACCUCAGAGGACCUUUGCUUGUGGUAACCACUCUUGCCACCAUUAUUCUGUUUGGCCUACAUAAUCCAGGACAGGCACUGGCAUGGGAGCUGCUAACCACAACAAAGCUAAGUCUGGGUUACUGGCUGGGAUUUUCCUUGCUGGCAUUCUUGUUGGGCCACUGUUUUGGGACCACCUUGAGUCUGCCCCAGCUUGCCUCAUUGGCUGGAUACAGCUUGACAGGCCAUUGCCUGGUGCUCCUUGGAGCUGAGUUGCUGCACCAGGAGGAGAGCCACACAGUGUUCUUCCUGCUGACCACUCUGUUUGGAGGCCUUGCCACUGGCCGCCUGGUAUUAUUGGUGCUGGCCCGCACACCUCAGCCCCCACACAGGUUGCUGAUGGGCUCCUCUCUUGCAUCCAUACACCUCAUGCACCUCAUAUACAUCCAUUUUGCUUGCAUGAGGAGGAAGUUUGAAUUGUGAAAAGUGAAGAUAUUACAGAAAGACUAGACUUUGUAGUAUGGAAUGGUGCAGGAUAAUAUCCUUUGCUGCCCAACUCAUUCAUUGUUACUACAACUCCAAAGUUCAAAAUGAUAUCUUUGUAUUUUAAACAUAUCAUCUUUUAUCCCAUCUGUUGUUUUACUGUAAAAUUUUUAACAUAACUCAAUUUGUUACUGUAUUUCAUCACAAUUGCAAUGCUGCUGAUCAAAGCCUGUUGUAAAUAUGUAACUGAUCAUCAUUAAAAAGGAAAACUAUAUAUAUUAUGUUCUUUACCAGUAUUAGUUAUAUUAUGCCUUUAUUCAUUCCAAGUCAUACACACAAAUUGCAUUUUUCAUCAUAAGAUUUCCAAUGUUCAUUGUGCCAUGCCAAAAGAUCAAACUAGUUUUGGUAGUAAUAGAUAUCAUGUACACAUAGAUAAAUUGCAUACAAAAUUGUUAUAAACCAGUCAGAUUGACCUGAUCUGGUAUGAAUUUGUAUUGGCAAGCUUAGGCAAAAAGAAAUAAUGUAAUAAGAAAGGUUGAAUAGGAGUAAAAAUAGACUUGCCAUGCUAAGGUCUUUAUGGUGUUGCAAGGAUCAGGUAUUGAACUAAGAGUGAGAAGGAAAGUUUGUAGAUAUCCUCUGUAUGAAAGAUGUAGAAAUAUGGAAUACCUUGUUUUGUAGUGUACAAAUUGUAAAGUUCAUAUUUUAUCAUUCUACUGACCAUCCCAUAGCUGUGCAAGGGUCAGUUGUGCAUUGUUAUCUUGAUGCGAAGAUACCCAGUUAAGCUGCAAAAAUUACCCUUACUCUGUGUGAUCAGAGUGGAUCAAUCCCAUUUCCCUGAGAUGCCCUAAGGCUAAGAUGUGAGGAAAUGCUUGUGUAUGUGAUUAUGAAUGUGAAUGUGGAUAUGUGGACAUACAUAUGCACGUAAACACCUGGUCUUGACUACCCUUUGUAAGGGAUGUCAACCUGAUAUUUAGAUAGACUAUCGUAUUGAAUUACACAAUGAUGUGCAAACAAAUAAAACUUGGGUUGUUUUAUGUUCAUAGUGGAAUAGAAUUUUAACCAAGAGAACAGCACAGUAGUAUGUAUCUUACACUCCUUUAAGUUAUGGGACAAAUUUAGGGAAAAUAUGAAUUGACGCUCUAUUAUGAAAAAUCCAAGUAGAAACCUCAUUUGUUUUAAGAAAUAUCAUGUUGGCAUAUUAUUUUACAUUUCAAUUAAGGAUUGCAACUUUGCAAUGACAUUACUGUUAAAUGUAAAUGUAUCUUGAGUGGAAUACAUUGGCAUUAGAUAUAUCUUGACUGCUUAUUUGUGACUGACAAAGAUUUUAGAAAUGAUAAAACCAUCAUAGACAGGAUGGAUUUAGUACAUUAGCUGUGAAGCUUUAAACACAAGAUUCCCAUGCCUCAGUUCUUGGUAGGUGUAAACAGUAAGCAUGCCCUGUAUGGUAAUCUCAUUUCAUGUAUUGUGUGAUCUUUGGGAAAAUAUAAGUUUGACUUCAA